AAAAAAAAAAAAAAAAAAAAAAAAAAUUAUUAAGAUAUGGGAAUACGACAUUUACUACACCAUGUUUUCGAGUUAGUAGCUCCAACUACAGCAUUAAGUGCUAUAUUAAUCCUCUUUUUGGGACCUUUAAUCUUUCCUCGUGCAUAUAUUUGGUUCUUGUUAAUAUACUAUGUAUCGUAUUUGUUCAUAUCUGUAAAUCAUUUUUUUAAAUUUUGCCAUACUGUGCGAAAUAUUAAGAGAACAAUUCGAAAUUGGAACGCGUCUCAAGAACAAUCGCCAGCGCGGCAUAAUUAUUCUAAAGAGAUAGUUAAAAGUACUGCUACAAGUAAUGGAAGGAUAACUCCAACGAGAAAAAAUGGUUAUUCAUCCGUAUCUACGAGUGAUGAUCUCGAUAGCGAUAUCAGAGCUAGUGAAAUGGAGAAAGCAGAAAGGUUGAAUGAUGCUUAUUACAUUCAUGCUUUUGUUAUUCCAAAUUAUGAUGAACCUGAACCUUUAUUAAGAGAUACUAUUAAGAGAUUAGAAAACCAUAGGAAUGCAACCACAAAUUAUGUCAUUAUAUUGGCUAUGGAAGCAUCAGAAGUUGAUCAUAAAACAAAAGCUGAUAAUCUUAAAAGAAAUUUUGAUGGUUCUUUUUUUGAUUUUAUAAUUACAGUUCAUCCAAAAGAUUUACCUGGUGAAAGUCGAGGCAAAGGAAGCAAUGUAGCAUAUGCAGCUAGAACUGCUUGUGACGAAUUGGCUCGUAAAAGGAUCGAUAAAAGACGCGUCAUUUUUACAAUCACGGAUUCUGAUUCUGCCAUUCCAGAACUUUAUAUUCGUCAUGUGGAAAAGGCUUUCUCUGAAUCUGAUGAUCCUUUCGCGACAAUUUGUUCACCUCCAAUCUUUUUCUCGAGAAAUGCUCUUAAUGUACCUGCCGCUGUACGUGUAACGGACAUCAUGUGGUCUAUUAUGGUCAUGCAAAAUUUGAGUAAUCGUAAAGGAUUAGCAUUUCCUUGUUCAACAUAUAGUUUAAGCAUGGUUCUCGCUGAGCAAGUUGGAUUCUGGGAUACCAAUGGAGAUGCAAUCGGUGAAGAUUUACACAUGUGGCUCAAAUGUUUUUUCAAAACCGGAGGGGUUGCAAGGACAAUUCCUAUAUAUGUUCCUAUAAAUCUUACGAAUGUUCAAACAACUGGUUAUAUGUCAAACAUUUAUGCGCGUUGGGUUCAAGCAAAACGUCAUUAUAAUGGGGUUGCUGAUGUUGCUUAUUCGCUGAAAUUCGCUUUCGGGAACCACGAUCACCAUUCAGAUUCAAAAUCACUUUUGGGAUCUCCGAUGACAACGUGUCUUAUGUCAUGUUCAUUUGUUGAUAAACUUACCGUUGUAUUUCACGUCUUAGAAGCCCACAUGAUUCCUGCGACUUCAGGAUGGAUCAUGUUUGCGGCCGUUCCUUUUACACAAUUACUUAUAUCCGCUUAUUCACCUAUAUUAUAUUAUUAUCCAAGUUUUCAGAAUCCAAUUGUCACAUCAGAAUUUUAUGCUUAUAUGUUUUAUCUUAUACAAACAGUUAGUAUAUUUCUACCUAUGCCUUUAUUAAUGUGUGCUGUAUUAUAUGAAGGUUUACAUAAGACAAUAGAUCUUGAUUUACUCAAGAAGAGUUCCAGCGAAACUAGAACAUGGAGAUAUUAUAUGGACUAUGCUUGGCUCCCCGUGAGCGCUUGGCUAUUCCUAACUUUGCCAAGUACAAUGGCUUGUGUAAGAAGGUUAACAAAAAGUGAGGAAAAAUAUGUGGUGGCAGAAAAAAUAUUUUCGGAAGAACUAACGCGUUAACGAAAAAAAAAUGAUUUUUUUAAUGAAAUAUUAAAAUAAUAUGUAAUGUAAAAUGCAAAUUGAAAAUUUGGCUAUUUCUUUUUCAUGAAAAAUAGAAUGGUACAUAUUUGAAGAGCAAAUAAAUGGGACUUUGAUUAUUUAUUUAUAAUUUGCUUGGUAUUAAAUUUUUUUUUUUUUU